AUGCUCAUUGCAGAAACCCACCUCACAGUAAAAAAUUAUAUUAAAAUUCCCCAUUAUAAUAUCUAUGAUUCCAAACACCCAUCCGGCAACGCCCGCGGUGGGGCAGCAAUAAUAACUAUUAACCAUGCUCAUGGAAACAUAACAUUAGUUACUGUCUACUGCCCUCCAAAACAUAAAAUAACAGCUGAACAGUACGCUAACUUUUUUCAGGAUAUGGGAAAUAAGUAUAUAGUAGGUGGAGAUUAUAAUGCCAAACACACUUUAUGGGGAUCAAAAACAAUUUCACCGCGAGGUAAACUAUUAGAACAAAUAAUACAAAAGUUAUCCUUAGAUACGUUAUCAACGGGCGAACCCACAUAUUGGCCCUCGGCCUAUAAUAAAACACCAGACUUACUUGACUUCGCAAUCAUUAAAGGAUUAAAUAGAUCAUAUUUUAAAGUGCAAACCUGCCUAGAUCUUACCUCUGAUCAUUCUCAGAUCUUACUUGAUUACCUGCAUAAGGUUACAUCUACUGAAUUAACACCCUAUCUAUACAAUGUUAGCACAAACUGGCAACAAUUUAAAGAAAUCUUGGAAGAAAAAAUAAACUCUACUCAACAAAUAAAAACUGAAAGGAAAUUUUCUUCUUAUCCUCAGUAUUAUAAUAGAAAAAAUACAAUUGAAACGGAAGCUGAAAUACAUCUGGCAGAAACAAAAAACUCCACUAAACAAAAAGAAAUUAAAUUCAAUCACCAAAGAGGAUAUGCGUUAUGGAAAGCUACUAAAAGGCUAAAAAGACCAAUCAUUCCUUCUCCUCCUAUAAGAAAAGCCGAUGGCAGUUGGGCAAAAAUAACCUUGAAAAGGCCUUCACUUUUGCUGAUCAUCUACAGGACACAUUUAAACCGAACAGUACGAUCGCUUCUGCAACCAACUUGGAAAACUCCUGGGUUUGAUCUAAUCAACGGAAAAAUUAUUAAAGAACUCCCACCAAAAACG